AUUCGCCAAUCACACGCGCACUAGCCUUUAUUUUUCUUUUAUACCCUUAACUUCAUCUUCUCCCAUUCCUUAUCAGCACAUAAAUUCUUCUGGUUUCAUUGAAAGUAUGAAACCGAACGCAAUGCUCCUUUUUUUGGUCCAACUCCUCUCUUCUUUGUCGAGUAUAACUCAAGCUGCCAACGACUAUCAGCAAAACUGCGAAUCCAAGAGCUGCGGCAAUCUCAACAACGUCACAUACCCUUUCUGGAUCCGUGACAAGCAGCCAGACUAUUGCGGCUUCCCUGCCUUCGAGCUCCGCUGCGACGAUGAGAAAAAUGCCUCAAUUAACGUGGAACAAGAACAUUACAUCGUCCGCAACAUCUCCUAUGAAAGCCAAACCAUUACACUGGCCCGCCCCAGCCACGAAGGCUGCUUUGCUCCUCGCAAUAACCUCUCCCUUUCCCUCCCACCUUUCAAAGUUAGCUCAGCCAACCACGAGCUUAUUUUUGCCCAUAAUUGCACGGUGCGUCCAUCUGGAUAUAAGAAGAUAGCUUGUCACAGCCAUAAGAAAAGCCUUGUUGUUCUGGGGGGUGCCUAUGGUACACCGGAUGAUGACGGCAUCUUCGGUUCUUGUCAUACGGCGGUGAGACCUGUGUUGACUUUUCCGGGAGCCAAAGUUGAAGAGUAUAUUAAGCUUUUAGCAUCUGAAUUUCUUCUCGACUGGGCUGCUCCAAAUUGCUCAGAGUGCAGGGCAAGCAAUGGGCAGUGUGGUUAUAACAAUGAUACCUGGAAAUUUAUGUGUAUUUGCGCUGAUGGAUCCCAUUGGAGGAAUUGCUGUAAGUGUUCUUGAUUACUUACUGUUCUU